UGCUCAGGACCUCUUCCAACUUGCUCGUAAGUCUUAUCUUCUUCUGUAAGGAACGCAGUGGUUACAUUGACGCCUUUGUCAAUUAACAGCACAAAUGAAUCAUCUGAGUGCUUGCCAGGACAAGAGGGCAUGUGAAGUCUUGCACUGAUGUUUGACUGUAUAAGGAAUGAUGAGAUUGGAGCAUUCUGCAAUGAUGAUACAUGUUCUUAAACCGGACUGCUGAUAGAGGCUUCCAGGAUACUGUGGUGGUCCAGAAAAAGAGAGCCGGUUCUCAUCCUUGGAAAUUGUUACUUACUGGAGCCAUGAAACUUCUCACUGGCUCAUUUUACAGAAAGCUUUUGUGUUUGUUUCCUGACUGUGGACAUUUUGGAACAAGUCCUGCCAAAGGCUCCAUCCACAAUCCCUGCCACAGACUGCUAAGGCAGUAUUCCUUUUAUAAGGCAGGUACAGUUACAGCUGCUGAUCUGGUCAACUAUUGGCAAGACGUGUUUGAGGCAAAUGAGAUCCCUGAACCACAGGCAUCUUCUGAAUAUAUUGUUUCCCAUGUCCUAGGAGCAAAAACAUUCCAGAGCUUGAGUGCCAGCAGCAUCUCUACUCCCCUCUCACCAAAGCAACAGGACCAGGUGCAGCAGCUAUGUGCACAACGGCUACAAAGGAUGCCGGUGCAGUAUGUUCUUGGUGAGUGGGAUUUUCAGGAUCUGACACUCAAGAUGAAAGCUCCAGUCUUCAUUCCUCGACCAGAGACAGAGGAAAUGGUCUCCCUUAUUGUGGAUGAAGAAUGGAGGAAAAGAUUGAAAUCGGCAUGCAGCAAGAACCUUUUGCUGUCCCCGGAGACCUGUAGUCCUGUGAUCCUGGAGGUUGGCUGUGGCUCAGGAGCAAUUGCUCUGAGUCUCCUGAAAAAGCUGCCCCACAGCCAGGUUAUUGCCAUAGACAAAUUAGAAGCUGCUGUGAAUCUCACCAAAGAAAAUGCUGAAAGGUUACACCUACAAGAUAGGAUCACCAUCCUUCACCAUGAUGUCUUUUCAAGUCCUUGGGAAUGUCUACUGCCCUGGGGUUUAGUAGACACUAUAAUCAGUAAUCCACCUUACGUUUUCCACGAAGACAUGACUCACUUGGCGGCAGAAAUCCUCCGCUAUGAGGACCUGGGCGCCCUGGAUGGAGGAAACAAUGGGAUGGACGUAAUUAAAGAGAUUCUGAACCUGGCUUCUUUCAUCCUCAAGGAGUGUGGGAGCGUGUUUCUGGAAGUUGACCCUCGGCACCCAGAGAUGGUGAAGAACUGGCUGUGCUGCCACCCAGAUUUGUCCCUCUUUGUGUCUGCCACCCACAAGGACUUUUGUGGAAAGCCAAGGUUUCUCCAUAUCCAAAAGCAUGGGAAGAAGACCAUAGAAGAACACUAAUAGUUCUAUCACCCCAGCAUUGCUGUCUUUAGAGUUACUCCAUACAGUAAUGAAUCCUAUUAGAACUCAGUGCUGCAAUAGGAACAGGACACCACCAACUGUCACCUCCAGCAGCCAUUCCAGCAGGCUGUAACAGAAAUGAGAAGGAAAGAAGGGCCAUUCUACCAGCCCGGCUGUUGUUUAAUUGAUUGUUUGUGAACUGCUCUGGGACACCUCUUGGCUGAGGAACGGAAUAGAAAUACUU